ACCAUACCAUCUAACUUCAACACUCCACUUUCCUACUUACAUACCCUACCAUCAAACAUCCCACAUUCACCAUGACUAUCACCUUCUACUCUAUCGCCAUCCCGCCCCUAAUCCGCGGCCUGAAGAACCUUUCUGCGAUCCUCACGAAAGGCGAAGCGCACGCCAAAGCCAAUGGCAUCGACCCCCAAGUCUACCUCGACAGCCGACUUCACCCCGACAUGGCCGCCCUUCCUUUCCAAAUUCACCGUGUCUCCGACUCUGCCAAAUUUGUCCCCGUUCGCUGCGCCGGCGUUGAAGCGCCCUCCUUCCCGGACGUCGAGCAAACUUUCCCCGAGCUCCAAGCUCGUAUCACUAAAACUAUCGAGUUUCUCGAAUCAGUGCCCGAAUCCGCAUUCGAGGGUCAGGAGGGGAGAGAAGUUGUGUUGCAGAUUGGCCCGCAGAAGAUGGAGAUUAGGUUCCAGGCGCUCGAUUACUUAGGUAAUUUUGCGACACCGAAUUUCUGGUUCCAUAUUACGACUGCGUAUGGCAUUCUGAGGAGUAAGGGCGUGGAUGUGGGGAAAAUGGAUUAUUUGAAUGGAGCCAAGUUGACCAAGACGGAGGCUUAGGCUUCAUGGGGUUGAGAAAAUAGUUUACUGCCAUUAAGGGAAUGGGAUUGGGGUCUUGGAACAAAAUGAUUUGUAUGCAGAAAAGUGACAGGGUUUUUUUGAGAAAAACGCCACAGCUAACGUAGUGGGGUAUCAUUAGAAAUUAUACACAAAAGCCAUCCCACCCAAGUGCUCCAUUGAGGACCUUCGUUUCUGCGUAAUGUCAUGUGUUUCCCACCAAUUCUCAUUUCACGGUAAUCGCAGCAACCAGGGCGUCCAUUGACGAACUAUGCGUGCUUGCGUUCGCAGGCGCAAUAAACGGUCCCGCCCAGUUGAUACUCAGCAUAUU